GACUUCGUUGCGGGUAAAGGCCAUUCUAUUGUUCUGCUAUUACAUGGGCCUCCAGGAGUCGGCAAGACAUCGACAGCUGAGUGCAUUGCUGCACAUAUGACUAAGCCUCUAUAUCCUCUUACAUCCGGAAACUUACCGGUGCGUGCGGAUGACUUGGAGACCCAGCUUCAGGUUCAUUUCACGUUGGCUGCACGGUGGGGCUGCAUCCUCUUGUUAGACGAAGCCGAUGUCUUCCUGCAGCGGCGUCGAUUGAACGAACUAGAGAUCAACGCAAUGGUCUCUGUGUUCCUUCGACAACUGGAGUAUUAUAGAGGCAUCCUGUUCUUAACAACGAACCGUGUUGGUGAUAUCGAUCCAGCAUUCAAGUCACGUAUCCAUGUAAGCUUAGAGUACGAACCGUUAGAUCGGUUGCGAACAAAGAAGAUAUAUAAGUUGCAUUUGCGACGAAUAAAGGAGGCAUUAGAGAUAAGGAAAGAUACACACGGAAGGGACUUCAAGAUUCGAAAUGAGGAAAUUAUGGCAUGGUCAGAUAAGCAUUUCAAAUCCUCGGCUAAAAAGCAUAGGCAGUGGAAUGGAAGACAAAUCCACAACGCAUUCCAAACGGCUGUCGCGCUCGCC